AGGAGGAGGAGGAGGGGCUCAGGAGGGCUGCAGUAAGCUCUGCCCCUAACCAUGGGUAGAGGGGCAGAAAGGACGUGGAUGGGGGGGAAUAGGGAAGAGCUGCCACUGGGGCUGUGAGCAAAGCUGCUGGCUGACUCACAAGUCCUUUGUCAAAAAAAAAAAAAAAAAGGAGCCGAGGGAAUCUGAGGAGGACUGGAGGGCUACAUCCUUCAAAAGGUGCCUGCCUGGUCUGUCCUUGGAGGCACAGAAUGUGGGUCUUGAUGCUGCUUUCCAUGAUGGAGCUGGGCUGGGCAGCCCCCGACAGCCCACCAAGCAAAGAAGGUACUGUCAAGCCAAAGGCAACAGUAACUGUCUUUCAAGUUGCCCAGCUUGGUCCCUGGGAGGACAAUCUCAAUCUGUCUAGCUUAUCUUGCGAGGAGUUCAACAAGACAACAGCCACCUUGUUUCUAGCGAACAGAAGCCUUGAAAGCAUCCCUCCCUGUCUGCCACGGACACUACAGAGCUUAGACCUAAGCAGCAACCAGCUCAAGGAGCUGAGAGAUCAGGACCUGAGGGACCUCUCCAGCCUUCAAGUGCUCAUCUUGAGGAACAACUUGAUCCAAGAGCUUCACUUCGGGGAAACUCCUGUCUUUGAGAGCCUUGAAACUCUGGACCUAAGCUACAACAAGCUCUCAUCCAUGCCCAGCUGCCAAACCGUGGUGUUGCAAAACCUGACAUGGCUCUCGCUUGUGGGAAAUCCUAUUCUGGAAAUCCACCCUGGGGCAUUUUCCUGCUUUCCAUCCCUACACUUCCUUAACCUGUCGGUUACCCUGUUGGGGAAAAACGACCAAGAAGGAAUUCAAGAGUCAGCCUUUGCUCAAAGAAUAUUAGGCCAAGUUAGAGAAAAGACUCCUAUGCAUACCAUGGAAGUGUUGGAUCUCAGUGGGACUUUUCUUCCAGAAAUCCGGCUAGGAUGGAUCAGAGACAUACCAAACCUCAGGUUCCUCUACCUAAAGAGGAUGGCAAGACUGAAAAGCCUCGAUGGGGAAAUAUUCAAGGCUACACCUAACCUAAAAGUACUGGAUUGUCAAGACUCUCAAGCCCUGAGUUUUGUGAAAACAGAAAUAUUUGAAGAUACUCCUCAUUUGCAGUCUCUUCUCCUCCAAAACUGCAACUUGAGUUCCUUCCAACCUUGGACUCUGGAUUCCUCCCAGGUCAUUUUCAUCAACCUGUAUGGCAAUCCUUUAAUUUGCAGCUGUGACUUGUCUUGGCUCCUCUCUAACACAGACAAAGUGGUCCUCAGCAGGUCCAACGACACUAUUUGUACUCCAGCUGAAGACCCCAAGAGUACAUUUUUGUCCUCUCUUUCCCUCUCCCAGCUGUACAGCAUGUGUCUUUCUAAAAGAAAGGCAACCUUUAUCAUAUCAAGCCCUCCUUCCGUGGAAAGCAGUGCGGAUAACAAUUCCUCUAACAAACCAUUAAGUGGAUCAAAUCAACCAAUGACACUGGCUUCUUUCAAUUUCCACAAAACAGAGCCCACAGCAUUUCCAAACACUACCAAGGAAAAUUCCAUCCUGAGCAAGAAAGCUACCUCUAAUACACUGAAACUUGCUUUGCCUACUCCAAGUGUUGGAAAGAUAGCAAUCAUCCCUACAACAGUCCCUACAGUAGGUCCUGGUGACUUAGCCAUUCCACCCAGGGCUGGAAGAACAGCUCCAACAAAACUAAGGGAAGAAAAUGCCAUUAAUCAAUCUACUAUUGGACCGGGUAUCUCAGUAUCUACUUCAGCCUCUACCCCAUUCCCUAGGAAGCACCCCAGGAUCCCCUCUCUUCCACACAUGGUAAACACUCCCCAGACCUAUCAAAGGGCACAGAACACCACUGAGGGACAUCAGCCAAGUGCUUCAGUCAUAGGGAUUCCAAUCUACAUGCUGGAUGACUACAGUGACGAGGAGAAGGUGGAGGAGGAUAGGAAGGAUGUGCUUAAGCAAGAUAACCUCUGUGAUUAUCAUCCUUGUAAGCAUCUCCAAACUCCAUGUGAUAUACUACAGAAAUCAUCACGGUGUCGGUGCCCUGGCCUCAGUGGAGAAGACACUAUCCCAGACCCACCUAAACUCCAAGAGGUGUCUGAGACCACUGAUACAUCCGCACUCAUCCACUGGUGUGCACCCAAUUCAGUGGUGCGAAUGUAUCAGCUUAUCUACCACCCUGAAGACAGAGCAGAGAAACAGACAGUGCUGAAAGAGAUCUAUGCCAUAGCCAGGGAGCACCCCUUGCAUGGGCUCUCACCAAGUACGACAUACAAUGUGUGUGUGUUGGCAUCUAACAAAGCAGGUCUGAGUCUAACCAGAACAAGUGAAUGGAGAAAAGCAUGCACCACAUUUACAACAAAGCCAAGUUUCUUAUUCAUUUUUGCAGGCCUGUGCAGCACAAGUGGACUACUUUUACUUAGCACCUUUAUACUGUCUGUGUGCCUUUAUAAGAAGUGCAAAACAAGACAUAUAGAACAAUAUGAUACACAUCUUGUCUCCUACAAAAACCCAGCAUUUGACUAUCCAUUAAAACUUCAGACUUUUAAUUAGCCUAAGAGAAAUACCAAGAAGGCCUUUGCCUAAAAGCUCACUCUAGGGAACUGGAAAACUUUGAUCAAGUUAGGUCAAAGUCCUACCAAGGAAAAACAGAGGAGAUUGAUGGCCUCUAAUGACCCUGUGAUAAAUUUGUGAUCCUAUGAUUUGUCACUAUGAACACUACUGCCUUCUGUUUCCAGAGUGCUAAAGAAUGUGAUUACCUGUUUCCAAAUCUUCAUUUUUGACUACUCCACUUCUGGGAAUAGGUAGAAAAUGGAGGGAAGCAGCUUUAUGUGCAACACUAGGUCAUUCCCAGAACUCCUCAAAUAAUUGCUGGUGACUUUAUACUUCAAGAACCCAUUAAUUCAUUGUGGAUAAGCACUCCUUUCAAUGACGUCUAGAUUACAAGAACUGACAAUUAUAUAGUGCUUUAAGGCUUGGAAAGGAGCUUUAUAGUCAUUAUCUCCUUUGAGCCCCUCAACAAUCAUGUCAAUUGAGUACUACAGCUUUUAGGAGAUAGGUCUUUAACAAAUAAUAUAAUAAAUGAUUUUCACCCUAUUGCCAAACUGGUGAUGGGUCUUCUCUAAACUCAGCUAGGUUCAUUCUUAAGACAACAGACAUUAUUGUCUUUCCAUACUGUCUGGAGUACUAGGUACAGCAGUUUAGUUCAAUUCAACAUUUACUGGAUGUCUGCUAAAUGCAAUCUGAUGUACUAUCUGGUUAAGCCAUUGAAUAUUUCAUAGAUUGGUGCCACCUCAAUAUUUAAUAGAAACGUAAAAUCCUAAUGUGAAUAAAGGAUUCUCACAAUAUAGCAUUGCCUUCUUUAAGCAUCAAGUCCAGCUAAGAUAUAAUUGAUAACGUGACACUGGGCAAGGAAUUUGUACAAGGAUUUCAGUGGAUUCUUCUCCUGAAGGUUGGAAUAUAUGGAUAUAAGUAUAAACAGAGCCUCUGGCUAUACUGGCUGGGGGUAAACAGGAUUCCUGGUAUAUCAAUUUCACUUCUAUGGCUAAAAUAUCCUACUUUCAAAAAUCAAAAUACCAGGACCAACUACUUUCCAAAGACACAAGGAAGGUGUCUACUCUAUUCUUAGUACCUGGGAAAAGCAACAUCUACUCUUACAAACUUCAGCCUAUAAGAUUCUAAAAAAGAUCUAAUCUACUAGUGAGAAAAAGGAAAACAAGAAGACAUUUUGGGGUUUUAGUGUAUUAAACAUGGACAAAAUAAAUUCUUGUUAAGUAUACCUGUAGAUAAAAACGAUUUUCCUUCUAGUCUUACAAACCAUGUGAUUUUGAUUUGUUUUUAUGGUUUCUUACUUUCACAAAAACAUAGAAUAAGUAAAUAUUGCUUAAAGCCUUUAA